ACUGCUGGUGUGACCGCGGGUCUCGGGUGUUUUUCUCUAGCGACGACACAGCCCAGCGCCUCCGCGGCCGUCAGCUCCGAGCCUCCACCAUGGACUUCGAGGACGAUUAUACACACUCUGCUUGCAGGAAUGCUUAUCAGGGCUUUAACGGAAUGGAUCGUGAUUAUGGCCAUGGAUCCUAUGGAGGGAUGGAUCGUGACUAUGGCCAUGGAUCCUAUGGGGGUCAGAGAUCCAUGGAUUCCUACCUAAACCAGUCAUAUGGCAUGGACAAUCACAGUGGUGGUGGUGGGGGUAGCAGGUUUGGACCUUAUGAGUCUUACGACUCCAGGUCUUCUCUGGGUGGGCGAGAUCUGUACAGAUCUGGCUAUGGUUUUAAUGAACCCGAACAAAGCCGCUUCGGAGGUAGUUAUGGUGGUCGAUUUGAGAGCUCCUACCGGAAUAGCCUUGACUCUUUCGGAGGUAGAAACCAGGGCGGGUCUAGCUGGGAAGCACCUUACUCCCGUUCAAAAUUGAGGCCUGGGUUUAUGGAGGACAGAGGAAGAGAGAAUUACUCUUCCUACAGCAGUUUUUCUUCACCCCAUAUGAAGCCUGCACCUGUAGGCUCUCGGGGGAGAGGAACGCCUGCUUAUCCUGAAAGUACGUUUGGAAGCAGAAACUAUGAUGCUUUUGGAGGACCAUCAACAGGCAGAGGCCGAGGCCGAGGACAUAUGGGUGACUUUGGAAGCAUUCAUAGACCUGGAAUUGUUAUUGACUAUCAAAACAAAUCCACCAAUGUGACCGUUGCUGUUGCAAGAGGAAUAAAGAGAAAAAUGGUGCAGCCAUUUAAUAAGCCUGGUGGAACCUUUGUCAAGAAACCUAAGCUAGCAAAACCUGUGGAGAAGAUGAGCCUCAGCAAAUCACCUACAAAAACUGAUCCGAAAAACGAAGAAGAAGAAAAGCGACGAAUUGAGGCUCGACGAGAAAAGCAAAGGCGCCGAAGAGAAAAAAACAGCGAGAAAUACGGAGAUGGAUACAGAAUGGCAUUCACAUGUUCAUUUUGUAAAUUUCGAACGUUUGAAGAAAAAGAUAUCGAACUGCACCUGGAAAGUUCGUCACACCAGGAAACAUUAGAUCAUAUUCAAAAACAAACCAAAUUUGAUAAAGUAGUUAUGGAAUUCUUGCAUGAAUGUAUGGUGAAUAAAUUUAAGAAAACAUCCAUUCGUAAGCAACAGACAAAUAAUCAAACAGAAAUAAAAAUAAUUGAAAAAGAUGUUAUGGAAGGUGUCACUGCUGAUGAUCACAUGAUGAAAGUAGAGACUGUUCACUGCAGUGCUUGUAGUGUGUAUAUCCCUGCUUUGCAUAGUUCAGUUCAGCAGCACUUAAAAUCUCCUGAUCAUAUCAAAGGGAAGCAGGCUUAUAAGGAACAAAUAAAAAGAGAAAGCGUCUUGACUGCUACAAGCAUUUUAAAUAAUCCAAUAGUGAAGGCUCGGUAUGAACGUUUUGUUAAGGGUGAGAACCCUUUUGAAAAUCAAGAUCAUUCUCAGGAUCAGCAAAUAGAAGGAGAUGAAGAGGAUGAAGAAAAGAUUGAUGAACCUAUUGAAGAAGAGGAAGAUGAAGAGGAAGAAGAAGUAGAGGAAGGAGGGGAACCAGAGGAAGUGGAAGAAGUAGAGGAAGUGGAGGAAGUGGGAGAAGGUGGAGGAGUGGAGGGAGAGGGGGAUACAGAGGGAGGGGAGGGGGAGGAAGGAGGGACAGUGGGGGAGGAGAGAACAGAGGGGGAGGUGGAGGGAGCUACAGAAGAAGGGGAGGAGGAAGCAGCAAAGGAAGAGCCUGUUGAUUUCCCUAUUGAGCAACCUGAAGAAAAUUAAGUAUGAGGUAUUAGAUUGAAAAGGAGCUUUAAGUUUCUGUCCUAUUGUGGAAAGGGGUAAGAGUUUUAAUAGCUUAAGGUAAUGAAUUAACACCCAUGUUGCAUGCAUUUCACACAUUGAAAUUGUUUUAUAUAAUUUCUAAAUGUUUGGCAUUUGUUUAAUAAAAUGGAGGUAAUACUAUUUUUAGUUUAGUUUUUAUAGCUACCAAACUUAGAAGAUCCAAAAAAUUGUUUGUAUAAUUUUUAAGCUUAAUUUUUAUUACUUUAUUGGUGUUAAGGAUAAUAGAUGUAUAUUGUUAGUAUAUCUAUUCUAAUCAUUUGAAUUUAAAUGCUGCUCUUGAGUGAAUUUUCAAGUAUGCAUUGAUUUUUUGGAAUACUUACCCUAGAUGAGAUAAAUUGGGCAAGUAUUUUGUGCACCGUGUAUUUUUUUACCAUUUUGGACAUUGAUUAGUAAUUUGUGUUACGAUAGCUUAAAGGCUUUUUGUGUACAUUUCCCUUUGUAGCAAUAAAUUUUUUUUUUAACCAACUUUCUCCUCGGAUUAGCAAUUCAAAUUAAACAGUUGAUUAAAUGAAUACUUAAAAUCAUUAUUUGCCUUAAUGUAUGAAUUCAGCUCACAGGUAUUUCAAAAUGAUUGAGAAGACUUGAAUUAAAAAAUUUUUCUCAAUCAUUAUUUUUAAAAAGUGUAACUGAACUAUAUUUUUAAGCACAUUUCAAAUAGAGGUCAGUCUAUAAUUGACCUUGUUUAUACCUGUCUUAGUUUGUUCUUUUUCCUUGUGCCUGUGUCAAAUCUUGGAAUCUUCCUGAAAAUACAUUUGAAUAUAAAUAAGUUUUCCAUG